AUGGUACACGAAGAGUUGAGCGCUCGUCUGAACGAUGGCGGGUAUAAGAACUGCCUCAAAGCGGGGUACUGCCUCAAACUGCGGGACGGGUUGCACUCUUUGACCGAUACUGAGAUGAGAUCAUUCCAUGGUAAUCUAGUCACAAGGAACACGGGUCUGCGGCGGCGGUGUCAGAGUGGGUGCAGGUGCAGAGUGGGAGCAGGGUGCAAUGAUAUGUAUAAACCCUGGAUGACUGACAGGGGUCGCUGUAUUGAAGCCUCCGCGCAGCCGGUAAUCCUCAAUCAUAAAAAAUAUUUUGGAAGCUAUAGAAAUGCAUUUAUUAAUGGCUACAUUCGUUUUUGACAACUUUAUUCUAUUACAGACACUUUAAUGCAUACUUUAAAAUUAUAUUAUGUGAGCUAAACAUAAAAAUGUAAAAUUAAGAAAAUAUAUAAAGACAUUUUCCUUAAAGUAUUUGUUUAGAGAGUACUAAUAUUACUGUCCCCACUACAAAGGAGGAGGAGCAUUUCUGUCUUUAAUAAAGCCCUUUUGUGGGGAAAAACUCAUUCUGAUUGGCACCCAUGCGCAGGCAUGUGAAAUCCAUAUAUUAACAUUUACAUUUACAUUUACGUCAUUUAGCAGACGCUCUUAUCCAGAGCGACUUACAAAUUGGUGCAUUCACCUUAUAGGCCUGAUGAAUGUAAUUGUAACUCAGUAAAGUCUUUGAAAUUGUUGCAUGUUGCGUUUAUAUUUUUGUUCAGUAUAUAUUGACGGAGUGCCUUUGAUUUGACAUCCUGCAAUUGCGCAGUUCAGCGCAAGAUGACAGUUAGACCCGAUGACAUAUUUCUGCACAUGAGCUUAGCUAGCCAACGUCGCCAUGACAUUACCUACAAGUGUUAUCGGGGAUUUCAAGUUGGAAAAGCAGUUUUUGCCUAUCUUCAUACUGUACUGUCUUUGGUGUAAUCAAUGGGCAAGUUCGCUUUGCAUUACCUGGUGCUCUGGGAGGGUGGAGAUUCCAUUUAUUCCAUUCCAGCCUAUACAAUGAGCCCGUCCUCCUAUAGCUCCUCCCACCAGCCACCUCUGCAGCCUCCUCCUCUGAGGGGUGGCAGGUAGCCUAGCGGUUAAGAGCGUUGGGCCAGUAACCAAAAGGUUGAUGGUUUGAAUGCCCAAGCCGGCAAAUUGGUAAAAUCGUAUUUUCUGCCCUUGAGCAAGGCAGUUAACCCCCAACAACAACUGUUCCCUGGGCACUGAUGACCUGGAUGUCGAUUAAGGCAGCCCCCCGCACCUCUCUGAUUCAGAGGGGUUGGGUUAAAUGUGGAAGACACAUUUCGGUUGAAAGCAUUCAGUUGUGCAACUGACUAGGUAUCCCCCUUUCCCUUCCCUUCCCAAUGGAAUGGUCUAAAAUGAGCAAACUCCGCCCAGCCUGGGCACUGGGCGAUGCAAAACAUACUCGCCCAUUAGUCCAAACAGUUGCAUCGAAAACAAGAGUUUCUAUUGGACAAAUUCAGAUAGGUCACAUUAUGUUUUCUCUUGUGUUCCACAGCUGUACUCUAGGUUGUUGGGUGUGUGCAGUGUGGAGGACAGAGAUCCUGAGGCACCAAACACACCCCAGUGGGACAGUGAACUGGGGGAACUGCAGACCCCCACUCUGGAACCAGGACCACUGGGAACUGGCCAAGGUAGUGUGCGUGUUAUUAUUUGUUCUAAAACAUUACUGAUUUAUUGGGUUUGUUAUAAAAAUUGUACACACACCUUACUUUCAUCUGUCAUAUAAGAUCAUUGACUACUUCUCUCCCCCUCUCCUUCUUUCUUCCUGUGUCUCCCUUUCUCCCUCAGGCCUACAUGCCGCGG